UAAAAGACCUUAUCUGAGACUUUUAUUGAACGCAACAUAAACUAAAGAUACUUACUCUCAAGUCACCGAAACAAAUUAGGGCAAACUAGAGGGUGGAUAUGAACCAUAAAUGUGUUGCAACCCCAGCACAUCCACAUCGACCCAAUUAUGUUUGCAGUUGCAGCUAAGCAACCUACUUGCAUGCUGUGCAGAUGGCGAUGGCUUCAAUUCCCAAAAGCUGAAACUUAACUUCCCAUCCUCUCUAGCUACCUUCUUCAUUCCUCAUACUUCUCUCAUCACAGCCAAGAAUUAAAUAGCCUUUCAAUUUCUCUGAAUGCGUGCUGCCAUGGAGCUCAAGCACUCCACCAUCAUCGUCAUCUUUCUCCUCUUCCUUCCUCUGCAGACUUGCUUCUCAAAAGCAGGGGGAAUGGAUGUGGCGGGGGAAGUAUAUGUGAUAGACUAUAGAGGGCCGGAGACACACUCCAACAUUCCUCCCCCUAGCAGAGGCAGAAGCAGAAGCAGAAGGCCUUUUGUUCCCAGAGCAGCAGCGGCAGGAGGAGGAGGAGGAAUAAGCAGGACCAUCUCCCAUCCCAAUUCUAAGGGCCUUAAAGCUGCUCAUGUUGCCGUUGGCAAGGUAACGUUUUUACUUUUACUUUCAAUCUUUACUGGCUUGGGUAAUUAACCUUUCUACCUCUAUGCAGAGAGGUGGAUGCAAUUAACACACACACAGACAGAGAUUUAUGUUCUAUGUUUUUUUUUUUUUUUCUUUUUAAAAAUUAUUAUGUUCUAGUUUUGGGAUAUGGCUUUUCAUUUGGGAUAAUACUUGGCUGUUUAAGUGGAGAAGGGUAAAGAUACGGACCAUUAUCUAGUGGAUUAGUGAAGUAUUCAAUGGGUGUUCCAAAAAAAUAUAUAUUGUCAGGAAUUUCAUUUUUGUUUUGCAGGGAAAUUAGAAAGUUGAUACGUGGAUGAAGAAGUUUUGGGCAGGGAGUGAUUUUUUUUUUCUUUUUUUUUUUUACUUCUGAAAAUAUAAGUUAAGAAUGGGUAGAGAUGGAUUUAGUUGAAAGGGUUAAUGUGAUGGCAUGAGUGGAAGUUUUCUGUGUGGUGUGUUUUAUUUGUAUAAAUGAGAGGAUAAUGACCUUUGUUGUUUGUAGUUUGUACCUCUAAUAUUUAAUUAAUAUAGUGCCUACUAUAUAUGUCUA